AUGCGCGAGGGUGAGAUCCUGGCGCUGCUGGGCCACAACGGAGCCGGCAAGUCGUCGACGAUCAAGGCGAUGCUCUCGCUCGUGGCACCGAGCCAGGGUUCGAUAUCUGUGUUUGGUCUCUCAACGCAGAGCCAAGCGGCGCGUCACGACAUCCUGUGGCCGGAGCUUUCUGCGCGGCAGCAUCUGCGGCUGUUUGCGCACAUCCGUGGCGUGCCGUGGAGCAAAGUUGAGGCGAUGGUCGAGGAGAAGCUCGAGGCAGUCCGACUGACCAACGUUGGCUCGCGACCGGCCGGGACGUACUCGGGCGGGAUGCGGCGGCGGCUGUCUGUGGCGAUUGCAACGAUUGGCGACGUGCGGUUUGUGGUGCUGGACGAGCCGACGACCGGCAUGGACGUGGUCAACCGGCAGCAUGUGUGGCGGAUGAUCCAGCGGCUGAAGGCUGGGCGGAUUGUGCUGGUCACUUCGCACUCGAUGCUCGAAUGCGACACGCUCGGCGACAAGAUUGCCAUCAUGACUGCAGGGCGACUGUCGUGCGUCGGCGACUCGCUCCACCUCAAGAACGCGUACGGCUCGGGGUACUCGAUUGCGAUCAUUGCGGCGGCGCCCGAGGCCGUGAGCGAGAUUACUGAGGCGAUGGGCGAGGUAGCGCCGCUUGCAACGGUCGGCUCGGUCCGCGGGCGCAAAGUCAACUUUGCUUUUCAGUCCGAGGCUGCGGUGGCCUCGGUCCCGCACGUCUUUGCCUGGAUCGAGACCGUUCCGAAUCUCAUCUCUGACUGGGGUGUCUCGCAGACGACGCUGGAGGACGUGUUUCUCAAUGUGGGCAAGCUUGAGGAGGAGAGCAAGGCUCAACACGAGUGGCAGUAGUAGCACGUGGAUGGAAGCCGAUGGGCGCGAGAGGUAUCGCACAGAAUGCCAGCUGGGCUCUCCAUCAGAGCAUUGAAUAUAGUUUGCAG